CUCUCUUCUCCUCCUGCUCGUGUGUUCGUCUAACCGCGUGCCGCCGCCGCCGCCGCCGAAGACAUGGCGACGCUCCUACGCCGAUCCGCCGCGCCCGCGCUCCAGCUCGUCCGCGCCUCGCGCCACCUAGCCGCCGCCGCCCCCGCCUCGUCCCGCUCCUUCUCCCGCUACUCCCGCGACGACACCAACGCUCGGUACGACCCGCCGGCCACGCCGAUCAACUGGGGCGUGAGCAUCGUCCCGGAGAAGAACGCGUUCGUGGUGGAGCGGUUCGGCAAGUACAUCAAGACGCUCGGCGCCGGGAUCCACCUGCUCAUCCCCGGGGUCGACCGCGUCUCCUACGUGCACUCGCUCAAGGAGGAGGCCAUCCCCAUCGCCAACCAGUCCGCCAUCACCAAGGACAACGUCCUCAUACAGAUCGACGGCGUCAUCUACGUCAAGAUAGUUGACCCCUACCUUGCUUCCUAUGGCGCGGCGAAUCCAAUUUUCGCAGUCAUACAACUUGCACAGACAACAAUGAGGAGUGAGCUUGGGAAAAUGACAUUGGACAAGACCUUUGAGGAGAGAGAUGCAUUAAACGAGAACAUUGUGAGGGCCAUCAAUGAGGCCGCAACAGAUUGGGGCCUGAAGUGUCUCCGUUAUGAAAUCAAGGACAUAUCUCCUCCAAAUGGUGUUAAGGCGGCUAUGGAGAUGCAGGUUGAAGCAGAAAGGAAAAAACGUGCCCAAAUCCUUGAAUCGGAAGGGAAAAAACGUGCCCAAAUUCUUGAAUCAGAAGGUGAGGCUGGAGCGGUUCUUGCCUUAGCUGAAGCUUCAGCUCGUGGAAUUAGAUUGGUUUCAGAGGCUAUGACAACUAAAGGCAGUGCUGAGGCUGCGACCCUGAGAGUGGCAGAGCAAUACGUCAGAGCCUUCUCUCAAGUGGCCAAAAAGGGCAACACUAUUCUGCUUCCAGGUGACGGUGGCAACCCUUCAUCUUUUGUGGCCACGGCUUUCAAGAUCUACCAGCGACUCCAGGCCAACAGCCCCCAGGUAGAAGAGCUGGAGGAAUCAGGAGGAGAGACUGAGACAAGUGAGAUGCCACCACUCAUCCCGGAUAUAGAUCCUGAGAAGUCGCUGCAUAUUGGCAAGAACAAGGCUUAGUUGUGCUCGAGUGCCUGAAGGAAGUCCCCUUUUUUGUUUUUGCUGUCUCCAUUGUUCUGCAAACAUGGGAGCGUCACUGAUAAUAUACCAGUAGCAUUUUAGUUUUCUGAGUCAGAGAGUUGUGCAUUGGUUUCAGAGUCAGACUGUCAGAGAGUUUAGCGAGCAGGGAGAAAGAUUUUGAUUC